AUGUCCUACCUCGCCACCGAGAAGCAAACGGCCUUGAGCGCCGUCACUCUGGCCUCCAAGCUCACCGAGAAGAUCUUCCGCUCCCUCGCCGGUGCCUCCACCGUCUCAAAAGAUGACAAAUCCCCCGUCACCAUCGCCGACUUUGGCGCCCAAGCCCUUGUCAACGCCGUUCUCGCCCGCGACUUCCCCAAGGAUCCAAUUGUCGGCGAGGAAGACUCUGCCGUUCUCCAGGAAAAUGCAGAGUUGAAAGCAAAGGUUUGGGAUUUGGUUAGGGGUGUUGUGGAGGAGGGGAUGCCUGGACUCAUCAAGAAUGAGGAUGAGAUGUGUGCGAUGAUUGACCGUGGAUCAUAUGCUGGGAGUGAUAAUGGACGGAUGUGGGCUCUGGACCCCAUUGAUGGUACGAAGGGAUUCUUGAGAGGAGGACAAUACGCAGUCUGCCUCGCACUCAUCAAAGACGGCAAAGUUGAGCUCGGCGUAAUUGGAUGCCCCAACCUCCCCGUCGACAAAACCGCCGGAAUCGAAGCAGAGGGCGUAGAGCGCGGAAUCAUCAUGCACGCAAUCAAGGGCCAAGGCUCUUUCCAGCGCUCUCUUCACUCUGAUUCCGAUGAUGCUCGGGUCAGCAUGCGUCCUAUCGCUUCCACCGCCGAAGCCACAUUCUGCGAAUCCGUCGAGUCUGGCCACUCGGCCCACACGACCCAACAUGCCAUCGCCACCGCACUCGGCAUAACUGCCCCCUCCGUCCGCAUGGACUCUCAAUCCAAAUACGCAUCCAUCGCGCGAGGCUCAGGCGACAUCUACCUCCGUCUGCCCGUCUCCGCGACUUACGAGGAGAAAAUCUGGGAUCAUGCGAGUGGUGUGGUUAUUGUUGAGGAGGCGGGGGGGAAGGUUACUGAUAUGUUUGGGAAGAGAUUGGAUUUUGGGGUGGGGCGGACGCUGAGGGGGAAUAAGGGGGUUAUUGCAGCGCCGGUUGGGGUGCAUGGGAGGGUUAUGGAGAUUGUUAGGGGGAUUAUGGGGGAUAAUGUUGUUGCUAAGUAA